GGCCCCAAUCCCGACUGCUAGAGCAGAGGCCCGCCCCUCGACCUCCGUGAGUGGCCACGCCCCGCCCUAGGGGGCGGGGCGAUGCCGAACUGCGGCGGGCUGGCUCAGUAAAGCGGAGGCAGCGGGGGAAGAUGGCGGCGGCCGUUCCACAGCGGGCGUGGACCGUGGAGCAGCUGCGCAGUGAGCAGCUGCCCAAGAAGGACAUUAUCAAGUUUCUGCAGGAACACGGUUCAGAUUCGUUUCUUGCAGAACAUAAAUUAUUAGGAAACAUUAAAAAUGUGGCCAAGACAGCUAACAAGGACCACUUGGUUACAGCCUAUAACCAUCUUUUUGAAACUAAGCGUUUUAAGGGUACUGAAAGUAUAAGUAAAGUGUCUGAGCAAGUAAAAAAUGUGAAGCUUAAUGAAGAUAAACCCAAAGAAACCAAGUCUGAAGAGACCCUGGAUGAGGGUCCACCAAAAUAUACUAAAUCUGUUCUGAAAAAGGGAGAUAAAACCAACUUUCCCAAAAAGGGAGAUGUUGUUCACUGCUGGUAUACAGGAACACUACAAGAUGGGACUGUUUUUGAUACUAAUAUUCAAACAAGUGCAAAGAAGAAGAAAAAUGCCAAGCCUUUAAGUUUUAAGGUCGGAGUAGGCAAAGUUAUCAGAGGAUGGGAUGAAGCUCUCUUGACUAUGAGUAAAGGAGAAAAGGCUCGACUGGAGAUUGAACCAGAAUGGGCUUAUGGAAAGAAAGGACAGCCUGAUGCCAAAAUUCCACCAAAUGCAAAACUCACUUUUGAAGUGGAAUUAGUGGAUAUUGAUUGAAAUAGCAGUGCUUCAGCUCUAAGGAUAUUAGCAACAAUGAUAAAACUUGGCCUUGAAGAAACUUACACAACUAGUUAGAACUUGUUACUAUUGUAAAGGAAGAGUCAACUGGAAAAUUCAAGGAGUUAAUAAAAUUUGUUUACUUGGUCCCAGCUUUUGAGAGAUGUAAUCCCUUAUAAAUCCCUGGUCUAAAAUACUUUCCUACAGCUGUGUAAAAUACUGGUCAAGGAGAACUUUUUCCUUUUACCUCAUGUUGUAAACUUAAGUGGCUCAAUAAAAAUUGAUCCACUGUCUUGA